AUGUCGUCGGGCAACAGUCUCUACCGUGACGUGGUCUACUUCACCUGUGAGGUAGGAUACGAGCUGAUAGGUGCAACCAGGAUCACGUGUCAGCCGGACGGCACCUGGAGUGACAAAGUGCCCACCUGUGCAGGCGUGAAGUGUCCAAUGCUGAAAACUCCUGCGGACGGUACAAUGACAGGAGGGAAUUCCUACGAGGACACGGUGCAGUUCUCCUGUAACUCCGGGUGUCAGCGUGUCGGUGCGGCGGCUGUCACGUGCCAGGCCGAUGGCAGAUGGAGCGACAGUGUUCCUAUCUGUACCGGCAGUACCCCCCCUGUAGACGGCGCGAUGACCAGGCGCACCUACUUCCUGUACGACUCGAGAGAUUUUCGGGAGUAUUUACCGACAGGUGAAACCGGCUGCGAAGCGUACAACGAAGACGCGGACUUCACCUGCCAUUCGGGAUACGACCUUAUCGGCUCGUCUAGCAUUACGUGCGAGGCAGAUGGUACCUGGAGUGACAGUGUCCCAGAAUGUAGAAUUGUACAGUGUCCAGAGCUGAUGGCUCCAACCAACGGAGCAAUGGAGGGCUUAUAUAGCUACAGGAGCAUGGUGACGUUCACCUGUGACACGGGGUAUGAUCUUAUAGGUCCUGGGAGUGUCACGUGCCAGGCAAACGGCACUUGGAGCGACAUUGUCCCAACUUGCACAGUGGUGCAGUGUCCACCGUUGGCAGCACCCGCACACGGCACGAUGGUUGGUAACAACUCCUACCAGGACGUGGUAGAGUUUGUCUGCAAUACUGGCUACAACCAUGUGGGGGUGCAAAGUGUUGUGUGCCAGGCUGACGCAAGCUGGAGCGACAUUCCACCUGUUUGUACUGUGGUGCACUGCCCGAGACUGGAAGCUCCCACAGACGGUACCAUUGAGGGGGAGAAUUACUUCCAGGACGUGGUACAGUUCACCUGUUACCCUGGGUACGAUCUUGUAGGUGCCACUACCACCACCUGCCAGGCUGACGGCACAUGGACUGAGAGUGUGCCUACUUGUGCAAUCGUGCAGUGCCCGGAGCCAACAACCCCCGAGCACAGUUCAAAGACCGGUGGGUACAACUACCGGGAUGUGGUACACUACACCUGUGACACAGGCCACUACAUGGUCGGUGCCGAGGACAUCACGUGUCUGGCCGACAGCACGUGGAGUGACGAUGCUCCUAACUGCACAGUUGUACAGUGUCCGGAGCUGACAGCCCCCUUACACUGUGACAUGACGGGGUUGGACACCUACCAGGAAGUGAAACACUUCGUCUGUGACACCGGCUACAAUCUGGUAGGGUCUGCAGACAUGACAUGCCAGGCAGAUGGCACAUGGAGCGGCAUUUUCCCAACUUGUACAAUUGCACAGUGUCCUGAGCUGAUGGCUCCCAUAGAAGGGACAAUGGCAGGUUGUAACUCCUACCAGGACGAGGCGCAGUUUGCCUGUAACCAAGGUUACAACCUAGACGGGUCGGCCACCCUCACGUGUCAGGCAGAUGAGACAUGGAGCGACAGUGCCCCAGUUUGUACAGCUGUUCCAUGCCCAGCCUUCACUCCCCCCGACCAUGGUUCCAUGACUGGUGACUUCGCCUACAAGGAGGUGGUAGAGUUUGUCUGUGACACUGGGUACGAGCUCAUUGGUGCAUCCAGUAUCAUCUGUAGGCACGACGGUACCUGGAGCGGCACUGUUCCAACCUGCACAUUGGUGCAUUGCCAGGUACUGACAGCGCCUUCAGAUGGCACAAUGUCGGGAGACAACGCCUACCAAGACAUGCUCCAGUUCGCCUGUAUCUCUGGGUACCAGCUUGUAGGUUCACCAACCAGCACAUGUCAGGCAGAUGGCAUGUGGAGUGACAGUUCCCCGAUUUGUGCAGCUGUCGAGUGCCCGGCCCUGACAGCCCCGGCACACGGUACAAUGACUGGGAACAACUUCUACCCAUCUGAAGUUCGGUUCGCCUGUGACUCCGGAUACGCCCUAGCUGGGAGCUCCACCCUGACAUGCCAGGCUGACGCCACAUGGAGUGGGGCCGUACCUACCUGCACUGUUGUACAGUGUCCAGAGCUGACAGAUCCAGAGCACGGUGCAGUAAGCGGCUACAACUACUAUGAGGACGAGGCAGAGUUCACCUGUGAUGAGGGGUAUGAGAUCUUCGGCACCACCACCAUCACGUGUCUGGAGGACGGCCAGUGGAGCAUGAGCGCUCCAACCUGUACAGCCGGCCAGUGUCCCAACCUGCUGCCGCCGAUGAAUGGUGGGAUGACCGGGAGUAACUUACACGGGGUAGCAGUGACGUUCUCCUGCAAUUCCGGCUACGAGCUCCAGGGGUCACCCGCUGUCACCUGUCAGCUAGACAGCACCUGGACCGGGAGGCCUCCUAUCUGUAAAGUUCUCCAAUGCCCGGCUCUGACCGCCCCUGCCAACGGUGCCAUGGUCGGGCUGAACUACUACCGGAACGUGGUGACUUUCAGCUGCAGCCGCGGGUACGACCUUGUCGGGGAGUCCAGCGUGACCUGCCGGGGGGACGGGACCUGGACGGGAAGUGUUCCUGCGUGUACAGCCAUACAGUGCCCCAGACUGAGUUCAGGCUCCAUAGCUCACGGCCUCCUCAUCGGGUCCAACUCCUACCGGAACGUCGUCACCUUCACCUGUUUCCCUGGGUACGAGCUCGUGGGGGACGAGAGUCUCACCUGCCAGUGGGACAGGACCUGGAGCGGCCCCCUACCGGCUUGUUCUAUCGUGAAAUGUCCCCCACAAACGUCUCCCACCAACGGAGCGAAGGUCGGCAACAACUUCUACAACGACGUGGUGAACUUCAUGUGUGUGUCUGGGUACCACAUGGACGGGGAGUCCAGCGUCACGUGCAAGGCGGACGCCACAUGGUCCGCACCCACUCCAACAUGCCUGGUUGAGUGA